CCAGGUCCACCAGGCAGAGAUGGUGACGAUGGUCCACAAGGCCCCCCAGGGCCCCCUGGUCUUCCUGGUCUUGGCGGAAACUUUGCUGCUCAGUAUGACAUGUCCAAAGCAGCGGAUCUUGGUCCCGGACCUAUGGGUAUAAUGGGACCCAGAGGCCCUCCUGGAGUAACUGGACCCCCUGGUGCUCCAGGCUACCAUGGUCCUGCUGGUGAACCUGGUGAACCCGGUCAAACGGGUCCCCAAGGUGCUCGUGGUCCAACUGGUCCUCCUGGAAAGUCUGGUGAAGAUGGUCAUCCUGGGAAACCUGGACGAUCUGGUGAGCGGGGUGUUCCUGGAACUCAGGGUGCUCGUGGCUUUCCUGGAACUCCUGGUCUGCCUGGUUUCAAAGGAAUAAGGGGACAUAACGGUUUGGAUGGUCGGAAAGGAGAGCCUGGUGCCCCAGGUGUUAAGGGUGAACCUGGUGCCACUGGUGAAAAUGGUACCCCUGGACAAUCUGGUGCCCGUGGUCUCCCUGGUGAAAGGGGAAGAAUUGGUGCUCCCGGCUCAGUUGGUGCUCGUGGCAGUGAUGGAAGCAACGGCCCCUCUGGUCCUGCUGGCCCCAUUGGUGCUGCUGGAGCUCCAGGAUUCUCAGGUGCUCCUGGAGCCAAGGGUGAAAUCGGUUCUGCUGGUAACUCUGGUCCAUCUGGUCCUGCUGGCCCUCGUGGUGAGCCUGGACUUCCUGGUGUUUCUGGUCCCAUUGGCCCUGCAGGUAACCCUGGUGCCAACGGCAUUAAUGGUGCUAAAGGCGCAGCUGGUGUUCCUGGUGUAGCUGGUGCUCCCGGCCUGCCCGGUGCUCGUGGUAUCCCCGGCCCUUCUGGCGCUGCUGGCCCUGCUGGUGCUAGAGGACUUGUUGGUGAACCUGGCACUCAUGGACCCAAGGGAGAAACUGGCAACAAGGGUGAACCUGGUGCUGCUGGUCCUGCUGGCAGUGCUGGCCCAAGUGGUGAGGAAGGCAAGAGGGGUGCCAACGGCGAGCCAGGCUCUACUGGGGCACCUGGACCUGCAGGUUUAAGAGGUGUUCCUGGAUCUCGUGGUCUCCCUGGAUCUGAUGGCAGAGCUGGUGUUAUGGGACUUGCUGGCAGUCGUGGUGCUACUGGUCCUGCUGGUGGUAAAGGUCCCCAUGGAGACGUUGGUCGCCCUGGUGAACCUGGUCACUUGGGCCCAAGAGGUCUCCCUGGUCAAUCUGGAAGCCCAGGCCCUGCUGGCAAGGAAGGUCCUGGUGGUCUGCCUGGUCCUGAUGGUCGACCUGGUCCAGUUGGUCCAGCUGGCCCAAGAGGUGAACGUGGCCACGUUGGAUUCCCAGGACCAAAAGGUCCAAAUGGUGAGCCUGGCAAACCUGGUGACAGAGGCCACGGUGGUCUUGCUGGCCCACGGGGUCUUCCUGGCUCUGAUGGAAACAAUGGAGCUCAGGGUCCACCUGGUGUCGCUGGCAACCCUGGUGCUAAAGGUGAAAAUGGUGCAUCUGGUGCUCCUGGCUUCCAAGGCCUUCCAGGUCCCUCAGGCUCAGUUGGUGAAGUUGGCAAACCAGGUGAAAGGGGUCUUCAUGGUGAAUUUGGUCUCCCUGGUCCUGCUGGUUCAAGAGGUGAGCGUGGCCCUCCAGGUGAAAGUGGUGCUGCUGGUCCUGCAGGUUCCAUCGGAAGCCGAGGCCCAUCUGGCCCACCAGGAAGUGAUGGUAACAAGGGUGAACCCGGUGUUGCUGGUAUAGCUGGGGCCCCAGGCCCAGGUGGUCCUAGUGGAAUUCCUGGGGAGAGAGGCGCUGCUGGCGGCCCAGGAGGCAAAGGUGAAAAGGGUGGACCAGGCUUCAGAGGAGAGGCUGGCGCAACAGGAAGAGAUGGUGGACGGGGUAUUGCUGGUGCACAUGGCCCUCCCGGCCCUAGUGGACCUUCUGGUGAAAGGGGUGAAGCUGGUCCUGCUGGUCCCGCUGGUCCUGCUGGUAAUCGUGGAGUUUCUGGUGAACGUGGUGAGGUUGGCCCUGCUGGUCCUCCUGGAUUCGCUGGUUCUCCUGGUGCAGCUGGUCAGUCCGGUGCUAAAGGUGAAAGAGGUCAGAGAGGACCUAAAGGUGAUCAUGGCCCACAGGGUGUCGUUGGUGCCGUUGGUAAUGCUGGCCCCGCUGGUCCUGUUGGACCUACAGGUCUCACUGGAGGUCGUGGUGAUGGUGGUCCACCUGGUCCCACUGGUUUCCCUGGAGCUGCUGGCAGAACUGGAACUCCUGGCUCUGCUGGUCCUUCUGGUCCUCCUGGUCCUCCUGGCCCAUCUGGCAAAGAGGGUAUUAGAGGCCCACGUGGUGACGCUGGACCAUUUGGCCGUGCUGGUGAACCUGGUAUUGUUGGACCACCUGGCUUCCUCGGAGAGAAAGGUCCAAGUGGAGAAGGUGGUGCUGCUGGUUCCCCUGGUAGUCCAGGUCCUCAAGGUAUUCUUGGAGCUCCUGGUAUCCUUGGUCUUCCUGGCUCCAGAGGAGAACGUGGUCUCCCAGGCAUUGCUGGAGCACUUGGUGAACCUGGACCCCUUGGUGUUGCUGGUCCCCCUGGUGCCCGUGGCCCAUCUGGUGGCCUUGGUGCCCCUGGUGUGAGUGGUGCUGCUGGCGAAGCUGGACGUGAUGGAAAUCCAGGUAACGAUGGCCCUCCAGGCCGCCAUGGUGCUCCUGGUUACAAGGGUGAACGUGGUGGUCCUGGCAGCCCUGGUCCCACUGGUGCUCUCGGUGCUCCUGGCCCCCAUGGUUCUGUUGGCCCUGCUGGCAAACCUGGAAAUCGUGGUGAAUCUGGUCCUGUUGGAGUUACUGGUCCUGUUGGCCCUGCUGGUGCAAGAGGUCUUGCUGGCUCUCAUGGUCCACGUGGGGAGAAAGGUGUUCAUGGUGAUAAGGGACCCAGAGGCUUGCCUGGUUUGAAAGGACACAAUGGACUUCAGGGUCUGCCUGGCAUUUCUGGUCAUCAUGGAGAACAAGGUUCACCUGGUGUUACUGGACCUUCUGGCCCAAGGGGCCCUGCUGGUCCUUCUGGUCCUUCUGGAAAAGAUGGCCGCAAUGGUCUGCCUGGACCUGUUGGGCCUGCUGGUGUCCGUGGAUCUCAGGGUAGCCAUGGACCUUCUGGUCCACCAGGUCCACCUGGUCUUCCCGGCCCACCCGGUCCCAAUGGUGGUGGAUACGAAAUUGGCUAUGAUGUAGAAUUCUACCGGGCAGAUCAGCCUUCUCUUAGACCAAAGGACUAUGAAGUUGAUGCUACUCUGAAAACAUUGAACAAUCAAAUUGAGACCCUCCUGACCCCAGAAGGCUCUAGAAAGAACCCAGCUCGCACCUGUCGUGACCUAAGACUUAGCCACCCAGAAUGGACCAGUGGCUUCUACUGGAUCGAUCCUAACCAAGGCUGCACCAUGGAUGCCAUCAGAGUGUAUUGUGACUUCUCCACUGGUGAGACUUGCAUCCAUGCCAAUCCAGAAAACAUUCCAGCUAAGAACUGGUACACUAGCAAGAACCCUGCUGAGAAGAAACACAUAUGGUUUGGAGAAACUAUCAAUGGUGGUACUCAGUUUGAGUACAACGAGGAAGGUGUGACUGUCAAGGACAUGGCCACCCAACUUGCCUUCAUGCGACUACUGGCUAACCAUGCUUCCCAGAACAUCACUUACCACUGCAAGAACAGCAUUGCUUACAUGGAUGAGGAAACAGGCAACCUUAAGAAGGCAGUGAUAUUGCAGGGAUCCAACGAUGUUGAACUACGAGCUGAAGGCAACAGCAGGUUCACUUUCAGUGUUCUUGAAGAUGGCUGCUCUAAAAAGACGAACAAAUGGGGCAAAACAAUUAUUGAAUACAGAACAAAUAAGCCAUCUCGCUUGCCCAUCCUUGACAUUGCACCUUUGGACAUUGGUGGCGCUGACCAAGAAGUCGGUUGGGACAUUGGCCCAGUCUGUUUCAAAUGAAUGAACUAAAACUAACUUAAAACCAAAAAAAAAAAAAAGUAUUCUCUCUUUGCCAUUUCUUUUUUAUACUGAAAGCUGACUCCUUCCAUUUCUUCUGUUCAUCUACUUGCUUAAACUCUGGGCGAAAGAGGAGAAGGAUUUAUUGGAACGUUGUGCAAUGCAAUUUAAUACAGCCCCAAAAGGAAUCGGAAGGUUUUUUCAAGAUUUUUAUCAACUUGUUGUGGAAAAUGUCAGCCUUUGUGUAAAAAAAAAAAAAAAACCAAAAAAACCAAAAACCAAAUAAAAAAAUCCUGAAAGUUUGCACCACUUGUGGCCUUUGACUAUAUUCCACAGAGGAAGUUUAAAACCACAACUUCCAAAGGUUUGAACUACCUCAUACACUUUUAAGCCAAGUGUGAUCCACAUUCUUAUACAUAUGAACUGAGGUGCUUUUGAUUCCGUUCAUAAGAAAAAGGUGCUGAUUCAGUAUUAUAGAGUAUAUUAUCAAUACUUGAACUUUAAUGGUGCUAGUGUCAUUUGGAUAAGAAAAAAAACAACACACCACUUUUCUGUAUUAAGUUGUAUUGUUUCUUUGGAAUCUGUCUCAAAAUAAAGUCAGACUGUCCCAUCUCACCCCCAGACUAAGCAUGUGGAUCAUUUCUUCCCCACCCCAUCUUCAUUCUCUUCUUCAACAUCAGGUGUCCAUGCUUUUAAAUCUCAUUUUCAUCCUCUACAAUGGGCAAAAAAGGAAUCAUCGUUUCUCAAAAAAAUUGUACCUAUUUUGUAUAUGUGAGAUGUUUAAAUAAAUUGUGAAAAAAUUGAAAUAAAGCAUGUCCAGUGUUCCAAAAGAAA